CGAUUUCUAUUAUUCUGUCGGAACAAGUGAAACUCGUCGGUGCUGAAUCCACCCGUUAAGAGAAAAAAAAUGUGGCUCUACGUAUUUCUUGCCGUCGUCGCGGCGCUCUUUUACUUAAGCAAAACCAACACGAAAGUGAACUUUAUGCUGAAGUACAUCUACUGCUUCACGGUCGUCAUCUGCGUCGGAAUUGUCUUCAUCCCCAUCUUCCUGCUACGUCCGAAGAAUGUAGCCAACCUGCUGAUGGGAGCUUACGUUGCUCGCACCGUAAUUCCUCCAGUUAUUGGCGUGAAAUGGGCUGUUCACGGAAUGGAACAUCUGAAGGAAGAUAGAGCCGCCGUGAUCGUGGCUAAUCACCAGAGCAGCCUCGAUCUUCUCGGUAUGUACGAGGUCUGGCCAAUGAUGAAAAAGUGCACGGCUGUGGCGAAGAGAGAGUUGCUCUAUUUCUUGCCAUUCGGAUUCGCUUCUUGGCUGGGCGGUGUGAUCUUCAUCAACAGGAUGAACGGAGAGAAAUCCAGGGAGGCCAUCAACAGUGCCGGAGAUGUUGUCAAAGAGAAGAAAUUGAAGAUCUGGCUGUUCCCAGAAGGUACCAGACGCAACACCGGCGAGAUCCACGAGUUCAAGAAAGGCGCUUUCCAUUUGGCCAUCUCCGCUCAGAUUCCCGUUAUACCUGUGGUUUUCAGCAGAUACUACUUCAUCGAUGAGAAAAAGAAGUUCUUCAGGGACGGUCAGGUUGCUAUCACAGCUUUGGAAGCUAUUCCCACCGCAGGGAUGACCGCAAAGGAUGUUGAUAAACUCAUCGAGAUGACUCGUAAAGUCAUGGUGGAAGCUUACGAUAAAGCCAACAAACAGUAUUGCCCGGCGGAAGCAAUCCGAUCUUCCACCAAAUAAUUGAAGACUGAAACUAUCUUCUAAUAGUUUUGUAUUUAAAUUAAAUCAACAAAUAAAUUACGUUUAAAACAAA